AUGGCGGCGGCGGCCGUGGCGGCGGCGGACGGCGAGUACACGGCCGUCACCUACGGGCUGAUCCGCGCCGGGCGGCUGGGCGAGGCGGCGGCGCUGCUGAGCGGCGAGCUGCAGCGGAGCGGCCGCUCGCGGGGCGGCCUCUCGCUGCUGGGCUACUGCUACUACCAGCUGCAGGAGUUCGCGGCGGCGGCCGAGUGCUACGAGCAGCUGGCGGCGCUGCACCCCGAGCUCGACGCGUACCGGCUGUACCAGGCGCAGGCGCUGCAGCGCGCCGGGCUGCACGGCGAGGCGCUGCGCGCCGCCGCGCCGCUCCUGGACGUGCCCGCCUUCCAGGGCCGCGCCCUGCGCCUCCAGGCCGCCGCGCGCUACGCCCAGGGCGACCUGCCCGCCGCCAAGAGCCUGGUGGAGGAGGCGCUGGCCGCCGCGGCGGAGGGCGGCGCCGGCGCCGCCGAGGACCCCUCCGAGCUGCCCGACGCCGAGGUCAACCUGGGCUGCCUGCUGUACCGGCAGGGCCGGCACGAGGAGGCCUGCGGCAAGUUCGCCGGCGCCAUGCAGGUGCUGGGGUACUGCCCCGAGCUGUCCUACAACAUGGCGCUGUGCUCCUACGCCGCCAAGCAGUACGCCCCCGCCCUCAAGCACAUCUCGGAUAUCAUCGAGCGCGGCAUCCACCAGCACCCCGAGCUCAGCGUGGGCAUGACCACGGAGGGCAUCGACGUCCGCAGCGUGGGCAACACGCUGCUGCUGCACCGCACGGCCCUAGUGGAGGCCUUCAACCUCAAGGCCGCCAUCGAGUACCAGCUGCACAACCUGGAGGCGGCCCAGGAGGCGCUUACAGACAUGCCGCCGAGGGCCGAGGAGGAGCUGGACCCGGUCACGCUGCACAACCAGGCGCUGAUGAACAUGGACAGCCAGCCCUCGGAAGGGUUCGAGAAACUGCAGUUUCUCCUGCUGCAGAACCCCUGCCCACCGGAAACGUUCGGAAACUUGCUGCUGCUGUAUUGCAAGCACCAGUACUAUGACCUGGCCGCUGAUGUGUUGGCAGAGAACGCUCACUUGACCUACAAACUGCUCACACCUUAUCUGUACAACUUCCUGGAUGCCAUUAUAACUUGUCAGACUGCCCCCGAGGAGGCUUUCCACAAGCUAGAUGAUUCAGCAGGGAUGCUGACAGAGCAGCUGAGAAAACUCACAAAACAGGUACAGGAAGCUAGGCAAAAUCGGGACGAUGAAGCCAUAAAAAAGGCAGUUAAUGAAUAUGAUGAGACUCUGGAGAAAUACGUGCCUGUCUUGAUGGCCCAGGCAAAGAUCUACUGGGACAUGGAGAACUAUGCAAUGGUAGAAAAGAUCUUCCGCAAAUCAGUGGAGUUCUGUAACGAACAUGAGGUUUGGAAGCUCAACGUGGCUCAUGUGCUCUUCAUGCAAGAAAACAAGUAUAAAGAAGCUAUUGGCUUCUAUGAACCAAUAGUUAAAAAGCACUACGAUAACAUUCUCCAAGUCAGUGCCAUUGUGUUAGCUAAUCUCUGUGUUUCCUACAUCAUGACAAGCCAGAAUGAAGAGGCAGAGGAACUGAUGAGAAAGAUUGAGAAAGAGGAAGAGCAGUUGUCCUAUGAUGAUCCUGAUAAAAAGAUCUACCAUCUCUGCAUUGUCAAUCUAGUCAUUGGUACCCUUUACUGUGCAAAGGGAAACUAUGACUUUGGCAUUUCAAGGGUCAUUAAAAGCCUAGAGCCAUAUAACAAAAAAUUAGGCACCGAUACAUGGUAUUAUGCCAAAAGAUGUUUCCUGUCCUUGCUGGAGAACAUGUCCAAGCACAUGAUAAUGCUGCGUGACAGCGUCACUCAAGGGUGCAUCCAGUUUUUGGAGCAUUGUGAACUGUAUGGAAGAAAUAUCCCAGCUGUUAUAGAACAACCACUUGAAGAGGAGAGGAUGCACAGUGGGAAAAAUACAGUUACAUAUGAAGCCAGGCAUUUGAGGGCACUGAUGUAUGAGAUCAUCGGGUGGAAUACAUAAAUGGUGUUCCUACGCUGUAGGAAUGAGAACUCUGUUAACUGUCUCACACCAUCGUUGAUGCUGACCUGGGUAGUCCAUAGUGAUACAUUUUUUCCUUACUGCUUGCAUUUAAAUAUUUUAUCCUAUGUAUAGGAUUUAACAGUAUUCAGUGGAAAAUAGAAUACUUGCAUAAGUUAACGUACACUAAAUAACUGUGCACAUUCUCAGUUAUCAGUUGUAUAAAAUAUGCCUUAAGAUUUGGUGGCCAAGACCUUCAUUACCAAAAUACCAUGGAGUUCCCACCUGUAAAAUAUUUUAUCCCUGUGAAAUUUUGAUCAAGUUUCUUUUCAUGGGUUCACAAUUAAAAAUAAUACGUUAUCCAUCUCUCCUAGCACAGAAAUUGAAGAAACAGAACUGUUUUAAUUCUCUAAUUUGUACAUUUGUGUGAAAUGCUUCUUUCUUUUGCUUUUUCCAAGUUAUACUUAAUGUGUUAUAGGCUAAGUUGAUUUUAUAUUCUAAAUAAAA